AAAAGCUUUAUAUAAAACUUUAGAGAAAGAAAGUAGAACAGUUUCUGCCUUAGUUAACUCGUGUAAAGGAAUAAUCUAUAUAAAUAACCCGCCAUUAAGUAAUGACGAGAGAAGACGAAGAAUUGAUGAAGAGGAUAGAAGAGAUUCUCGGAAGCUACUAUUAAAUUAUUUAAGCGCUUGCCAAGGAAAUUAUAAAAUGGAAUGUUGGGACACUAUAUGUGUUAGAAUUAUUGACCUUAUGAAUGCGAAAGAAAAAUGGGGAAAAGAUAUGUAUAAAGACUUAUUAAUUAAAAAUGAAUUAAAGGUUAUAAAAGAUGAAAUUAUUGAGGAGGUGAAAUCUCAAUUAGAAAGACGACCAGAUAGAGAAGUAGAGUUUGCAGCUAGAAUCGAGAUUGAUCAAAGAGUUUACAACAUGAAUGGAUCAGCUUUCGAGAUGCUGAAACCAGACAGUAACGAACAAGGGCCGAAUGAUUCUCA